AUGCCUAGGCUGUUCCGAAAGAUGACACGGAAAGGCUAUGUCGUUUGCGCGGUGCUGCUGGCGGUCCACGUUCUCACCAUCAACCUGGUGAUUUUCAGAUACACCAAAAACGACAAGGGGUUGCUGGAUACGAUACAUGCCUCGCUACAGAUAUUGGGUGGAUCUGGAGAUUUGACGGGCGCACUUUCAAAGUCAGGAGCCUCUUCCACGACUUCUGCUGAGGACGCCGUGACCACCGAGCUACUAGACGAUAUCGACACGCUCCCAUGGAACGAGCUGACGCUUGAACAGAAGCUCAAGCGCAAGGUUCGCGAAGUUGACACGACCAAAGCUGAAUCUUGGAUGGUCAACACCACUCUCAAGUUCACGGACGUGGAGAUCGACCUGGAUGACUUUCUGCCGCCUCUUGAGGAGGAUGUGGCCCAGGCGAAAAAGGGUAAGUCCCAACGUGUGAACUCCAAGAGAGCUGACAGCAUUGAAAAUUCUGAAUUUUUCAAAGGCAACGAGAACUCUAAGAGCUCCGAUUCCUCUUCUGAAGACUCCGAUGCUGAACCCGUUCUCAGUGACGAAGUGGUGCUCAAAGAUGAUGAUGAAGGCUAUGUGGAACCAAAGCAAAAUUUCCUUCAUAAUUCUACGUUGUGGUAUGAUCUCCGCUUCACAUUGGCGAUGUAUAUCGAUUACAUCAAGACGCAGCAUUUGGAGCGCAACCCACAGAACAUCGAAUCCAAGGAGCCAACGAUGCAGAUCACUGUGCCCUUCCACUGGUCCGAUUGGGUCGACAUGGACAUUCUUAAUAAGGAGAUUGCCAAACCCGAAAAGGACCAAAUGACUUGCCAGAAGCUAAUAGAAACCUCUGAAGGAAAACAAGCCUCUUCUGGCUACUGUAUCAACUCCAAGGAUGUGACUUCGAAGAUGCUGGAAGAGAUGGGACUCCAUUCUACCAAUCAAUUGCCUGGUUUUGUGGUGAAAUCUCCUCCGAACAACGUGAAUACACCACGAGCAAAAUUGCUGGAGGCAAAGGCCCAUUUGUUGACAUACGGGCAAUUGCCAUUGAGUAUUGUGUUUUUGUCUCAUGACGGGUUUUACGAUGUGAAAGUGGGAAGGAGGCAGCGGAUUGUGGACUCGUCGCUUAUUACAUCGUACUUGCGCACUCAUGGGAUUGAUGCCAGCAUCAAGGAGAACCGUCAUAUUACUGUCAACGCUGUGAAAGAGUUCAGAAGUUUGACGGAAUCUGUUCCGGCGCGUGUUUCAGAAUCAACCAAAGACGGGCUAGUAAUCAACUACGAUGAGGCGUUGUCGAAGAAUCAUUACAAGAUGGUUUUGAACGAGGAGCUGUUUCAUUGGGAUCAAAAGGAAGUGGACAAAGAAAUGGAAGGUUACGCCGCGCGCUUGAAAGAAAUCGACGACAUGACCAAAGAGACCCAAUCUUUCGACGAAGAACGUUACUACAAGCUCGCUUUGAAUGAUCACGAGCAAAACCAUUACAAUUUCUUGAAGUACUCGUCAACUUUCACUCCGGAUACUCAAGAAAUUUACUUCAAAUUGGCGCGUAUGACUGGCAUCAACGGAAACAUGGAGGACGGAUGGCACCUUGAAUGGCGUUUCUUCAACGGACGCCUGUCAUAUGAGGAAGACAGAAGAGGCCGUUGGACCCAUGCGGAAGUUGAAGAAAGACACAAAAUCAUCGUUCAUAGACUUCUGCGCAACUGGAGUCAGUUCUCUUACCAAUUAGGAAUUAUCCAAUGGGUGAACCACGGUGCUUUGCUGGCCUGGUACUGGAAUGGGGUGUCGUUUCCUUAUGACGAUGAUGUGGAUGUUCAGCUCCCUGCCAAGGUGUUAGACAACUUCGCUCGUCGUUUCAACCAGUCUUUGAUCAUUGAAGACAUCAACAGUGGAUACGGCCGGUACUUUGUGGAUUGCAACGCGUUUAUGACCCACCGUACCCAUGGUAAUGGUCUCAAUAACAUUGAUGCACGGUUCAUUGAUGUUGAUUCUGGUGCCUAUAUUGACAUCACAGGAUUAACGCUGACCAACCAGCACAAGCCUGGAAAGUACGAGAAACUUAAAGGCAAGAACCGCAACGAGGUUUACAACUGCAAAAACAGCCAUUUCUACCAUAUUGAUGAGCUUUCGCCAGCCAAGUACACGAGGUUGGAGGGCGCGCCUUUGUUAAUACCACGCAAUUUCACCUCGAUUCUGGCUGAGGAGUAUCUCUACGGUUUUUCGAAUGUGGAAUACGCCGGAUGGUACUUUGUUGAGCCAUUGAGGAUUUGGCUUACUGGAGGUACCAUUAAGAAAGUGCUUUCGAUUCCUCCAAAUCUGGAGAACGAGCGUGAGCACAUUCUCACGCGACUGGCUUCGCUUAAGCCACGCCAUGUCCUCAAAUUUUUGGACGAUAAAGAAGUGAUGCAUGAGUAUUAUCUGACCCAGCAGUUCACAGAGGUCCACGAGAAAGAGAAGGCAAUUUUGUUCGACAACGCGGAGAAGAUGACUCCUGAGAAUGUGGAGAGCUACAUCGACCUUGCAUCCUCGUUUAAGAUGGGUAGUCCGUUGCGUAAACCGUACUUCGAGUACGAGUAUAUCGAACGCAGCUACUUCCGCGACCAGAUCCGCAAGUCCAAGGAAAUGGCCGACGAGGCCGACGAGGAGGAGGAUGUGGCCGAGCACAUCAACGCGCUCGAACAGGGGGAGACAUAA